AAGAUAUUUGACGUUGCUGUAGUUUUGUGCUUACUUCUCAUGGGAUCUGCAGUGGUGCAAUUCUCCCCUUGUUUUUGCUUUUUAUCUUUGAAAAGAUAACUGGGCUGUGUUCAGCAGAAAUGGAUACAGGAAGAGCAGCACAGUCCAAAGACUAAGGGAGGCAUCCUCUCUUCUUUUCCUGGGAUUUGAACGCGAUUCAGGAAGGGCAGAUACCCCACCUGAAAAGGCCAGCCUUUAAAGACCCCCGCAGUGUCGUGGUCCAAGGCGUCUCAAAGCAGGUGGCCAGAUCUGCGUUUCUCAUCAGCGGACUCGCUCCGGCUGUAGCAAUUACGGAACCGAUGCGCGUGCACGUGCUGGGCCAUUAUGCUGCUGCACCUGUGCAGUGUGAAGAAUCUGUACCAGAACAGGUUUUUAGGCCUGGCCGCCAUGGCAUCUCCAUCUAGAAACUCCCAGAACCGACGCCGGUGCAAGGAGCAGCUCCGCCACAGCUACAACCCCGGCCAGUUCCACAGCAUGGCCAUCAGGACGGGCCCCCAUGGCACCGUCACCAUCCCUCGCUCCACUAGUGACACUGACCUGGUCACCUCAGACAGCCGCUCCACACUCAUGGUCAGCAGCUCCUACUACUCCAUAGGGCAUUCGCAGGACCUGGUGAUCCACUGGGACAUAAAGGAGGAAGUGGACGCUGGAGACUGGAUCGGCAUGUAUCUCAUCGAUGAGGUCUUGUCAGAAAACUUUCUGGACUAUAAGAACCGUGGAGUCAAUGGUUCUCAUCGGGGUCAGAUCAUCUGGAAGAUUGAUGCCAGCUCUUACUUUGUGGAACCUGAAACUAAGAUCUGCUUCAAAUACUACCAUGGAGUGAGUGGAGCCCUGCGAGCCACCACCCCCAGCGUCACCGUCAAAAACUCGGCAGCUCCCAUUUUUAAAAGCAUUGGCUCAGAUGAGAUUUCCCAAGGGCAAGGAAGUCGGAGGCUGAUCAGCUUUUCUCUCUCAGAUUUCCAGGCCAUGGGGUUAAAGAAAGGGAUGUUCUUCAACCCAGAUCCUUACCUGAAGAUUUCCAUUCAGCCUGGGAAACACAGCAUCUUCCCUGCCCUCCCCCACCAUGGGCAGGAGAGGAGAUCCAAGAUCGUGGGCAACACCGUGAACCCCGUCUGGCAGACCGAGCACUUCAGCUUUGUGUCCUUGCCCACUGAUGUGCUGGAAAUCGAGGUGAAGGACAAGUUUGCCAAGAGCCGACCCAUCAUCAAGCGCUUCUUGGGAAAGCUGUCGAUGCCGGUUCAGAGACUCCUGGAAAGACACGCCAUAGGGGAUAGGGUGGUCAGCUACACACUUGGCCGCAGGCUUCCAACAGAUCAUGUGAGUGGACAGCUGCAAUUCCGAUUUGAGAUCACUUCCUCCAUCCACCCAGAUGACGAAGAGAUUUCCCUGAGUACCGAACCUGAGCCAGUGGAAAUUCAGGGCAACCUGGUGGCGGGCAGCGGUGCGGAGCCCAUUCACGGUGUGCCCGAGCCCUCCGGGAGCCCGAAGGCCGCGCAGCCCAGCGAGGGCAGCGCCGGAGACGCUGCAGGGGACGAGGGCUUGGCGCUUGCCACGCGGGCGGAGGACGCGGCAGGUACCACCGAGGCAGGAGACGACGGCGCGGUCUCUGCGGGACCUGACGGGGCUGGGGCGCCCCUGGGCGGGGGGCGAGAGGACGCCGAGCCCGCUCUCAGUGCAGAAGAGCUGGCCGAGCGGCUGGACCUGGGAGGGGAGGAGCCCCAGGCCGAGCUGCUGGAGGACGCGGGAGCCUCAGGCAGCCCCCGGGAGCCGGAGGCAGGGGACGCGGCGACGGAGAGCCGGGCUGGGGGCGAGGAGAACAAGGAGCAGGCGGAGGAAGAGGAGGGCGACGUGUCCGCCCUGGGGCAGGGCGGGGACAGGCUGCAGCUUCGGGCCUCUGCGAAGAGGAAGAGCAGACCGUGCUCCUUGCCGGUGUCCGAGCUGGAGACGGUGAUCGCGUCGGCCUGCGGCGAUCCCGAGACCCCGCGCACGCACUACCUGCGCAUCCACACCCUGCUGCACAGCCUGCCCUCCGCCCAGGGCGGCGCCAACGACGACAGCGCCGAGGACGAGCCCACCCUCAAGGACGCCUCGGAGAAGGACGGGCUCAGCGAGGUGGACACGGUAGCUGCUGAGCCGCGUUCCCAUGAAGAGGAUGGAGAGGAGCCCGAGGGCGCCACGCCAGGCACGGCGCCCCCCGGCCACUCGGGCGUGGCCAACGGCACUGUCCCCGACGGCGACAUGCUCCUCAGCACCGGGAGCGAGAGCGACUCCAGCCCCCGGCAGGGCGGGGACCACAGCUGCGAGGGCUGUGACACGUCCUGCUGCAGCCCCUCCUGCCACAGCUCCUCGUGCUACAGCGCCUCCUGCUACAGCUCCUCGUGCUACAGCGCCUCCUGCUACAGCCCCUCCUGCUACAAUGGCAGCAGGUUCUCCAGCCACACCCGCUUCUCCUCCGUGGACAGCGCCAAGAUCUCCGAGAGCACCGUCUUCUCCUCGCAGGACGACGAGGAGGAGGAGAACAGCGCGUUCGAGUCGGUGCCUGACUCGGUGCAGAGCCCUGAGCUGGACCCGGAGUUGACAAACGGCACAGGGCCGUGGCAAGACGAGCUGCUCGGCCCCACCGGGAGCGUGGCGAUGACCGUGGAUGGUCUGGAGUCCCCCGUGGCAGGGCCAAGCAAUCGGAGAGAAGGUGAAUGUCCUAUACUCCAUAAUUCCCAGCCAGUAAGCCGGCUUCCUUCCUUGAGGCCCGAACAUCAUCACUACCCAACAAUCGAUGAGCCUCUUCCACCAAACUGGGAAGCUCGCAUUGACAGCCAUGGGCGAGUCUUUUAUGUGGAUCAUGUGAACCGAACGACCACCUGGCAGCGUCCAACAGCGGCAGCCACCCCCGACGGGAUGCGGAGAUCAGGGUCCAUCCAGCAGAUGGAGCAACUCAACAGGCGGUAUCAGAAUAUUCAGAGAACCAUCGCAACAGAGAGGACUGAAGAAGAUGCUGGCAGCCAAAGUUGUGAGCAAAUCCCCACGGGAGGCAGCGGUGGAGGUGGUGGGAGUGACUCAGAGGCCGAAUCGUCUCAGUCGAGCUUAGAUCUGAGGAGAGAAGGGUCACUUUCUCCAGUGACCUCACAAAAAAUCACUUUGCUGCUGCAGUCCCCAGCGGUCAAGUUCAUCACCAACCCCGAGUUCUUCACUGUGCUGCAUGCCAAUUAUAGUGCCUACCGAGUCUUCACCAGUAGCACCUGCUUAAAGCACAUGAUUCUCAAAGUCCGGAGGGACGCGCGCAAUUUUGAGCGCUACCAGCACAACCGGGACUUGGUGAACUUCAUCAACAUGUUCGCAGACACUCGGCUCGAACUGCCCCGGGGCUGGGAGAUCAAAACGGACCAGCAGGGAAAGUCUUUCUUCGUGGACCACAACAGUCGAGCUACCACUUUCAUUGACCCCCGAAUCCCCCUUCAGAACGGUCGCCUUCCCAAUCAUCUGACACACCGACAGCAUCUCCAGAGGCUCCGAAGUUACAGCGCUGGCGAGGCCUCAGAAGUCUCUAGAAACAGAGGAGCCUCUUUACUGGCCAGGCCAGGACACAGCCUAGUAGCUGCUAUUCGGAGCCAACAUCAACACGAGUCAUUGCCACUGGCAUAUAAUGACAAGAUUGUGGCUUUUCUUCGCCAGCCAAACAUUUUUGAAAUGUUGCAAGAGCGUCAGCCCAGCUUGGCAAGAAACCACGCACUCAGGGAGAAAAUCCAUUACAUUCGGACUGAGGGUAAUCAUGGGCUUGAAAAGUUGUCCUGUGAUGCAGAUCUCGUCAUUUUGCUGAGUCUCUUUGAAGAAGAGAUUAUGUCCUACAUCCCCCUGCAGGCUGCCUUCCACCCUGGGUACAGCUUCUCCCCCCGCUGUUCACCCUGUUCCUCACCUCAGAACUCCCCAGGCCUGCAGAGAGCCAGCGCCAGGGCCCCUUCACCCUACCGGAGAGACUUCGAGGCCAAGCUCCGCAAUUUCUACCGGAAACUGGAAGCCAAAGGAUUUGGUCAGGGCCCAGGGAAAAUUAAGCUCAUCAUUCGCCGGGACCACUUGCUGGAGGGAACCUUCAAUCAGGUGAUGGCCUAUUCCCGGAAGGAGCUCCAGCGAAACAAGCUCUACAUCACCUUUGUUGGAGAGGAGGGCCUGGACUACAGUGGUCCUUCGAGAGAGUUCUUCUUCCUUUUGUCUCAGGAGCUCUUCAACCCUUACUAUGGACUCUUUGAGUACUCUGCAAAUGACACCUACACAGUGCAGAUCAGCCCCAUGUCUGCCUUUGUGGAAAACCAUCUUGAAUGGUUCAGGUUUAGUGGUCGUAUCCUAGGCCUGGCUCUGAUUCAUCAGUACCUUCUCGAUGCUUUCUUCACGAGGCCCUUCUAUAAGGCACUCCUGAGACUGCCCUGUGAUCUGAGUGACCUGGAAUACCUGGAUGAGGAGUUCCACCAGAGCUUGCAAUGGAUGAAGGACAACAUCAUCACGGAUAUCUUGGACCUCACUUUCACCGUUAACGAAGAGGUUUUCGGACAGGUAACAGAAAGGGAGUUAAAAUCCGGGGGAGCCAACACCCAGGUGACAGAGAAGAACAAGAAGGAGUACAUUGAGAGGAUGGUGAAGUGGCGGGUGGAACGCGGCGUGGUGCAGCAGACGGAGGCGCUGGUGCGGGGCUUCUACGAGGUCGUGGACUCGAGGCUUGUGUCUGUGUUCGACGCCCGGGAGCUGGAGCUGGUGAUAGCUGGCACGGCGGAAAUUGACCUGAAUGACUGGAGAAACAACACUGAGUACCGGGGAGGUUACCAUGAUGGGCACCUUGUGAUCCGCUGGUUCUGGGCGGCGGUGGAACGCUUCAAUAAUGAGCAGAGACUAAGGUUACUGCAGUUUGUCACAGGAACGUCCAGUGUGCCCUAUGAAGGCUUCGCAGCCCUUCGAGGGAGCAAUGGGCUUCGGCGUUUCUGCAUAGAGAAAUGGGGGAAAAUCACAUCUCUCCCCAGGGCACACACGUGCUUUAAUCGAUUGGAUCUUCCACCUUAUCCCUCAUACUCCAUGCUGUAUGAAAAGCUGUUAACAGCAGUUGAAGAAACCAGCACCUUUGGACUUGAAUGAAGAAAUGGAACUCACCUGGCAUUUUACUGAUCAGUCACAUCAACCUUUCUGGGAUGAUCCCCCUUCCCUUUCCCUGACUCUUUGAUUUUGGUAUUCCAUGAUUUUUAUUUUCAAACCAAAUCAGGAUUGACAAAAGCCGUGCAUGAAGAACUGCCUUCUUCUAAGAUCUAACCUUCAGGCUUAUCUCCUCUACUUUCAAUGAACUGCUAGCCUGUAUGCAAUAUUAAAAAACAGCUGUCUCAAGGUCUGUGUAUAUCUCCACAUACCUCCAUUACUAACAAUGAAAUAUGAAUGCAAGUUAUGCUACACUUGACCAAAUGGUAAUAAAUGUUUACUUCCAUUUAUAUAAUUUAAGAGAAAAUUUGAGCAUUAAGCAUUCCAAGCUUUUAUAUGCCCAUGUCUUCUGAGCAGAGCCACCAUUUUUUAUAACUGCUAACAACCCACUUCAGAACUAGGAACCAGUCAACUCUUUUCUUCCCACUCUACUUUUCCCCAUGCAUACUAUCCAUCCAAAAAUAGCAGUCGCAAAGCCGAAAUUUUUAUACAUUCAACUCAUGAUUCAUAUGUGGCAUCAGUCCCAUCAGCUGGAACUAGCCUAGAAUAUGGUGCAAAUAUUACACUUUCCAACAAAUAAUAACAGCAAGAGAACACCUCCUACUGCUGCAGUAUGGCACCUCCGGGUGUGAGGACUGUGGCUCAACUUGAUUUCAGACAAGUCUGGGAGGGGGUGCACCCCUCGUGGGCACACACCACACAAGAAGCACAAACUUGUGCACCUGUCCAAAGAGACAAUCUCCUUAUGUGGCAGAAAUUUGGAGGCUUCUGUCUCCAUUGUCUUGUCCAGAGUGUGAUGAUGCAAACAGGCAAGAGGGGAGAGGGCCAUAUUAGGUUGGUUCACGUCACAGAGUCCCGUACCAUUUUGCUUUGUUUAAUCCAGCUGCCACUUGCCUUUCUCCAACCCCUAACAAUGUGUAGAUCAUCUCAUGACUUGUUAAAACCGGGUAAACUCACUUGGCAAACAUAUUUUUAUUUUAACUUUGAUAUAUAUUUUUUUCAUGUUGUUCUCUUUUUCUUUUUUCUUGUUAAUCUGGCAUUCAGAGUCCUUUACAUCUGAUUGUCCGCAGGGACAUUAAACAAGAAGCUGCAGAGAGCGAUGGUGCUUUGUUGGGGACCAAGGGCAAUAUAAUACUUCUCCUUCAGCGCAGUCCUCCAGGGCUGGAGCCCUGACACCCCAAGGGCAUAUUGGUUUUUGUC